CGCGCGCCUGCGCGGCGGAACUCGCGGCCCAUGGAGCAGAGCGCGACGGCGGCGGCUGUGUGGCGGCUCCGCGCGACCGGCGGCCACCGGGACCGGGACCACGGCCACCCGCCGGCGCGGGAUGACGGCGACGGCGACACGGGGGGGAAGAAGCGGGGCGGGCCGCCGCGGCGGCGGCUGUUGCCGCCGCCGCUGCUGCCCGAGGGGCGGGGGGCGCCGCUGGUGCUGCUGUACCUGCUGGGGCUGCGGGCGCUGGUGCACGUCUCGCACCGGCAGCUGCUGAGCCAGCCGUCCGCCGCCGGGCCCCGCGAGUUCAGCGCCCCCCGCGCCAGGGGGUAUCUUGACAACAUAACAGCAAUUGGGCCCAGAACAGUUGGAAGUCCAGAAAACGAAGUUCUUGCAGUUAACUACCUCUUAGAACAAAUUCAGGCAAUAGAAAGAGAAAGCACAGAUGCUCACAAGAUAUCUGUAGACAUACAGAGGCCCACCGGCUCCUUCAGCAUUGACUUUUUAGGAGGCUUUACUAGUUACUAUGCAAACAUAACCAAUGUCAUAGUGAAGCUGGAACCCCGAAAUGGAGCUGAGCAUGCAGUGUUAUCCAAUUGUCACUUUGAUUCCGUACCAAAUACCCCGGGUGCCAGUGAUGAUGCUGUUAGCUGUGCAGUGAUGCUUGAAAUACUCAACACACUUUCAAAAUCGUCAGAGCCCCUGCAGCAUGCUGUCAUAUUCUUAUUUAAUGGUGCAGAAGAAAAUAUUUUGCAGGCUAGUCAUGGCUUCAUUACACAACAUGAGUGGGCCAAGUCAAUUAGAGCUUUUAUUAACCUGGAGGCAGCAGGUGUAGGAGGAAAAGAACUUGUUUUUCAAACAGGACCUGAGAAUCCUUGGUUGGUACAAGCAUACGUAGUUGCAGCGAAACAUCCCUUUGCCUCUGUGGUGGCACAGGAAAUAUUUCAGAGUGGCAUUAUCCCAGCAGAUACAGACUUCCGUAUCUACAGGGACUUUGGCAAUGUUCCAGGAAUAGAUUUGGCUUUUAUUGAAAAUGGCUAUAUUUAUCAUACAGAAUAUGACACAUCAGACAGAAUUUUAACAGAUUCCAUUCAGAGAGCAGGUGACAAUAUUCUAGGUGUCCUAAAAUACCUAGCAACAUCAGAUAAGUUGGCUAAAUCUUUCGAGUAUCGACAUGGAAAUGUUGUGUUCUUUGAUGUACUUGGCUUAUUUGUCCUGGCUUAUCCUGCUCGUGUUGGCACCAUCAUGAACUAUAUUACAGCAGCAAUUGCUUUUCUUUAUUUAAGCAAGAAAGUAUUACAGCCCAAAACUAGAGCUAUUCAUAACCUGAAGAAAUUUUUUACUGCAUUUGGUGUAACACUGAUAAGUUGGGUCUGUACACUGGUGACAGUCCUUAUAGUGGCAGCGUUCAUCUCCGUCAUUGGACGAUCUCUUUCUUGGUACACCCAUUUCUAUGUUUCUGUGUUUCUGUAUGGCACUGCAGCUGCAGCUAAUCUUGUUCUUGUGCACACGCUAGCCAAGAAGUUCUUCCUCAAGAAUAUGAAUGAGCAGUACCUGGGAGAUAUUUUUUUUGAUGCCUCAUUGAUGAUUUGGUCUAUAGCAUUGGCUGUGGUUACUCAGAUGGGCCUUUGUUCAGCAUUCAUUUGUACGUUAUGGGUAGCAUUUCCUUUACUUGCUAAGCUGAUGAUCCAUAAAGAAUUCAGCCAAAAAGGUGCCACAAUGAAGUUUGUCAUGAUGUACAUGCUUGGAAUGUUUGUUCCAUAUCUGUAUAUGAUGUAUCUUAGUUGGACUGUAUUUGAAAUGUUUACACCUAUCAUGGGACGAAGUGGUUCAGAAAUUCUACCAGAUGUGGUGUUGGCAGGAUUUAUUGUGGUCAUCACUAUGAUUCUGUCAUCCUAUUUUAUUAACUUCAUUUACCUUGUCAAAAGUACAAAAACGACGCUAAUAACUUUAACUGCUGUGUUUGUAGUCACUCUGAUUCUCGUUUGUAGUGGAAUCUUCUUUCCUUACAGUUCUGAUGCGGCUAAUCCAAAGCCUAAGCGAGUCUUUCUCCAGCACACGAGUAGAAGAUUUCAUGAUGUACAUGGAAACGUGGUUAAAAGUGACUCUGGUAUAUGGAUUAAUGGAUUUGAUUAUAAUGGGAUAUCUCACAUAACUCCCCAUGUACCUGAAAUCAACGACACCAUUAGAACUGCAUGUGAGGAGCACGCUCCUUUCUGUGGCCUUCCUUGGAUUCUGCCAGUGCAUUUCAUGUUCCGGAAAAACUGGUAUCUUCCUGCUCCAGAAAUUUUUCCAAGAAGCCCCAUUCACUUUAAAGUUCUGUCCAAGGAGCUGAUGCCUUGGAACUCUGUGAGGUUAAGCUUUGAAGUAUCUGGUCCAAGUCACAUGUCUCUCUAUGUUCGGCCACAUGAAGGGUCGGCUCUGUCCACCUGGUCUCUCGGGGAUGGUAUACCAGUUGCUAGCUUAGGAGGAGACUAUUUUGUGUUUUACUCCCAUGGGCUGCAGGCUACACCAUGGCACUUCUGGGUAGAACUGACAGCCCCAGAAAAGCAUUCUGAUGGAAUAGUGUCCCUCGCCAUAGCAGCACAUUACUUUUUUGGGGAAGAUCAAAAGUCACCUCAACUCUAUGCCUUACUGGAGAGGUUUCCAAACUGGACGUUUUCUUCUGGUUGGUCCUGCACUUAUGACCUUUUUGUCUUUUAACGUUGACAGUAAUGCAGCGCUAAUAGGGUAAUCUCUCUGAUGCAGAAUGCUGUUAUAGCAAACACUUUCUAACAAGAUGCCAGAGACUUUCACAAGAAUUUAAAGUACUUUGGCGACAAAUGGUGUUUCUUUGGCAGUUUGACUAUUUAAAGACUACUGCUGUCUUGGGGAUAUGACUUCAUGUCAACAUGAAUGCAGUUCACCUUGGUUCUUCCACUGAAAUGGCAGUUUGACUAGUGGGUUUCUUAAAAUGAGAACUGCAUUUGACGAGGUAAUGUUAGCAUAUUACGGCAAUUGCAAUGAAAGGGCCUCAUGAACUUAUUUUGAUACUAUGUAAAAUACAACCCGUACUUCACGCACAUGUGGGGACUAUCACCUAUAAAUCCUAUCCGUCCUAUUAAAGUAAGACCUUCAGCUAAAGGAUGCUUGUUCAUGUGGUGGGGGAGCAGAGGUGGCAAAGUCCUAAACAUUACUUUUGUCACUGGAUGAAGUCACUGAAGCUGUGAUGCUUGUGUAGGUUGCAUUCCCAGUCCUUGGCAAAUGUACAAUGCAGAAAAAUCGGUAUUAUGAUGGAAUGUGGUAACUAUUUAUCUAGAUUGUCUUCUCCAAAUAAUAUGUUUCUGUUAAAAACUUAGUUCCUACCCUUUUGCCUGUCUCCUCAGUGUUACAACUUGCGUGGGUAAGUUUGACCUAACCAUCAUAUUGUGUUUUUUUCCUAUUGGGAUCUUUCAGUAUCAGCAUGUAAGCAUGGGACUUGCUCUCUUGUAUGUAAGAGUGCUAAGUCCCCACUCCUUUAUGUGGAUGUCUUGUAAUUAACCUACUUUAUAUUUCACGUUAUCUAAUAAUUUAUUAGAAUUGGCUACUUUUUGGUAUCUCCUCUGGAGAGACUUUUGGUAAUGUGACAGUAUUGCACUUCGCUAAUACGUUUAACUGUUUCUUGAAGUACAGUUUGCUUUCCAUAAGGAAAAAUACCAGGAAGAGUCAUCUUCAAAAAGAUCUCCGAUAUUUCUGGAUUGCUCUUAUUGCCACAGGAUGGGUUUUGUAAAUGACUGAGAGUGCUUUAAAAUAUCUUCCAGUUUUAAUUGACAAGCUUUGAGUUCAGAAGCCACUGACCUCUUUGGGUUUUUUUAUACUCCCAGUUUUUUUUAACUGCAGUGUAAUAUUUAAUGUUAGUUUCUGAAAUUCAAAGAACUCUGUGUACCUGGAGAAAAUUCGUACUUGUUUCCAAACUGUGUAUAAAACACUGUGACGUGGAUACUAUGCUACAAAUUGUACAGAUCAGUAUUUUGUUCAUCUCAUGAGUAUUGCCAAAAUUGCGUGCAAAGCAGAUUUUGUGCAUGCAUCAUCAUUUUGAGUAAAAACAUGCUAGUACUGGGAAGUUUGCAGGGCAUGUGAAAGAAAAUUUUGUGACUCUAAUUUGUGUGAGCUGUGAUGUAGAGCAGCUCCCUGAUCGGGUAUUUUUCCUUCAAAUUGUUCUGUAGUUGUGGAUGAUAGUGGCAAGAACCAGUUUCAUUUGUUGCAAGGUACAUUUGUGAAGACUGUCAACUGGCUCAUGGACUAGAGUAAGAGGUUUAAUUACUGUAAUCAUAAUGAACUGUCCAUCAGUAUCUUAAAACCAGUGGGUCUUUCUACAUUAACAUGUGCAUUAAUCAUCACUUGCUUGAUUGUAUCUGAUUUGAAACUACAAUCCCUGUAUUACACAUUUAUUAUUUUUUAAAAAGUGCUAUUAAUUAUUUGAAAAAUGGAGGUUUAGUUCAUAACUCUUGUCUUGAAUCUCAGCAAAUGUUUUGUACUGUACUCUAGCUGAUGUACAGCUAGUUAACUAAAGCUGCGCUGAUAUUUACUGUCUUCCUCGGUUUUGAUUUUUAUUUUGUGUUUUGCCUCUGAUUUAAGGCUUUGAAAAAGUGCUAUGUGAAGAAUUUGUAGUGGGAGCCAAAAAUAUAAAAAUGCCUGUUAGAAAUGUCUGAAACUUCAGUGAAGCAAUAACUUUUGCUAACUCAGGAUUUAACCUUUAUUAAAUAAUUUAAUUAUGAGGGAUGUCUGGUUUGUUAUAAAUUUCUGUCUUUGUAAAUAAAAGCGAAAAUCAGUGAAA